AAUUUCAAAUGUUGACACGGCCUCGUUUAGAUCAAUCAUAGCGAGGCGAUCUCAAGAAGACGUGGAAAAAUGGCGACCGAAGUAGUAUUCUUAUUUUGCAAAUAGAAAUUACAAACACUGGCUGAUAAAUAGAGAAAUUCUGAAAGAUGGAGAAAGGAUCAGAAGUAGAUAUUCUUUUCAAAACUUGCAGUAUCGAAGAAAUCAAAGAUGCAGAGAAAAACCUAAGAGGUGCCAUUGAAAAGAAGAAGGAAGAUCUAAGACUCAUGGUUGGAGAAAGGUACAGGGAUUUAAUAAACGCAGCGGAUACAAUCAGUCUGAUGAAGGAUUUAUCACAAGAUGUAUAUAAAGGUUUGAAUACGAUCCAAGCAUGCUGCAAAGAUUUUAAGAACAGGACUGCGCGACGUAGACGCACCACAAGUGAAGAUAUAAAACUUGGAAAUGAAGAAAUAAACUUUUAUGCCCUGGCCACGCAAAUGGAGCUUCUAGUUGAUACACCAGAGAAGAUAUGGGACGCACUUGAUAGGCAAGACUUCAUGGUAGCUGCGCAGUUAUAUUUGCUGGGUCACCAUAUUGUGAAUAACAGCCUUCACAUGAAUACGGGCUAUGGGAACCAAAGUGAUGUUUUUGCAAAUUUUCCAGUUCUUCAUCACCAAUGGGCAGCCAUCAGUCACUUCAAGGAAUCAAUCCUCAAGGGCAGUUUGGCCGCUUUGAAGGAGCCUACUUUGCCAGACAAGGCACUAGCCGAGAGUCUGUGCAGUAUCAUUCUUCUGAGCGACUCUUCACCUCGGCAAGUCUUCGUGGAGUUUUUGCUGGCACGAAAGGCAGCAAUUCAAGAUCUGUUUCACCCAAGUCAUCACAAAACAAGUAUCAAAAGGCAGAUAUGUGACGUCACGUCCUUGAUAGUCCUGACACUGCAACAGAUCUUUAGCUUGUUUUAUCAUCCUGAUUCGCAAUCAACGCUCGAUAAACCCGAGGUCGACUCGCUCCUCUAUAAAACAAUCAACGAAGCAACAAAGAAAAAACAGCCUGGUCAAGGAGAAUCACUCCAGUGGCUUUUUGGAGAAGAUUUUGAUGUGCUCACUGUGGCUCGCCAUUUGCCGCCCACUGUUUUAGGAUUUCGUCCGAAAAUAAGAAACGUCAUGGGAAUUGUUCCUCAGCAGAAAAUUCGCGAUGGAGCAAAGGAAUGGCUGACUGGGUGCAUCAACGAUGUUCACGUCGGAGUGGCUAGGUUAUUGGAAUACAUUAAAAGUGUCAAAGGCCUUGCAUCAAUACGAGACACUGUUUACGAACUGCUUUCCGAUUCGAGGCUGUUCGGUGCAAAGAGUGAGUUAUCAGCCUCUUUGGAAUACAAAUCUCGGGAUCCAGAUAACUGGAAUCAUCUUUGUGAAGCAGUUCUUGACCGGCAGUUCACACUUUGGGAUGAGCUAUUCGAAAGAGCAUUCUUCAAUCGAGCAAAGGCUGUUCUAGAAGAAAUGCUUUCAAAUUCGUAUUCAAACGCUGUCAACUGCAUUGACACGACAAUCACUGAGAUAGCCACGCUAAAAAACACGAAUGCAGAUUCAAAUUCACAUUGGGACAGAAACGUGACAUCAUACUUAUGGAGUGAGAUGCCGGGAGAUUUGCCGACCUCGGGUUGGUGUAUGGAGACCAACCAAAAUGAGUCACAGGAAAUAAGUUCUUUGUCCUACAAGGCCAGGGGGUGUACACCGUCCGUACAAACGCUAUGUAAAACUUUUGAUACCAAUCUUGCUGACGUCGUUAAAGCGGUGAAAUAUUUGUUUGAAUCUGGAGAGCAGAAAGAUAUUCCAAUGGCAUCGAAAAUUGAGGCACGUGGGUUUUCAUUCGAAGAGGACAAACGCAUCGAGCCAUUCCGUAAGUUUUCAUCUGCAACAGAGGCUCAAGGGUAUAUUCAAGAAUCAACAUCGCAGGUUGUUAAGAGGAUCUGUGCUCAUAUUCAGGAGUCUCUUAAUGAGUUGAAGUCACAGUUGGUAAACACAAACGAGGCAGACGAUUAUAAUCAAUCGCUUUGCAUAGAUAGGAUCACCUUUUUUGGACGCCUUUGCUCCAGCAUCCCAGAACAUUGUAAAAAUUUAAUUUAUCUCACUUGUGGUUUUGCGGAAGAGGAUAAGACAACUCUUAAAAGAGCAGCUAAACAGAGACCAAGAAAGGGCAAGCAGCCAAAGACCGAAGCUGCCUCUUGCUUGGACAAAGUUAAAUCAGAAUUUGCAGAGCAGCAGAAGACAUCUUUCAGCAUCUGGAAAGAAUGGGUCGUUCAGAAGAGUUCGUCAAUUUUCCAGAAGACGUUAUUCUCUGCCGAAGAACUUACUGUUUACGGUACCACGUGCUGGGAAGAUAUCACAAUAGAGGAGGAGGCAGACACUGGGAGUAAAGUGCAAUCAAAAAUCAGAGUUCCAUCCCAGGUUUCGUCGUUCUUGAUCUCCCUGCUUUUUCGCUUGUGCGAAGAAACCAAUCGAAUUGGUGGCCAUGUGCUAGAAAAGUCGCUGAUCAGAGAACUAACGUACGCGGUGGGUGAUGCCAUACUAUUCUCUUUAGAAGACUACGCAAAAAAUCAGCGCCCAUUGUCACAGAACCGAGCGUUGCAAUUGGUUUUUGAUGUCAAGUUCCUCAUUCUUCUCAUAGCUGGCAAUACAGAUACAAAAGAUGAGGUUAGCAAAAGAUUCAAAAAAAGAGGAAGUAUGCUUGUAAAUACGAUGGAAAGCUUUGUUGACCCAUUUGAUUUAGACGUAUUCACACCACACAUGACCAACUUUGUCAACAAGCAACUUCAAAAAUCAUGUCUUCUUCUUGGCACUAUAUCCAACAUUGAUAAGCACACACUACCAACCUUAUCUAGCAGAACCUCAAGUAUGUCACAAGAGCAAUACAAUGUUGUGCCAUUCUCACCAAACCCAGUGAGAUUUAUGUUGCUACCAAUCAGCGCACACCAAGAGAAGAGUAGUCACUUGAGAAUUGAGGAUUUUGAACUCGAAAAGACUCACACGAGCGAAGCAAACGAAAAACUGUCAAUCAAGUCACCUUUGUUUGAGCACCUGCGCCAAUAUACGUUAGAUUUUGAUUUAAUUUAGAUUGACUGUUUGGGUCUUUGUGAUAAAGCAACUUUGUCAAUGGUGGUUGGUUUAUGCCUUUGUGGUGGCUGAUGAAAAACCGCCGUUCGGCGAAAUCUGGACAGAGCAGAAAUCGAUCUAGAAGACGCUCCUUUGACUAAAACUUUUUUGACAAUUAGGACGUUUGAAUAUAAACUAUCGUAUCGGCAAAAUUACCUAUCUUAAUUUUGAAGUUUGGUUCGAUUGAAAUAUAAUGUAUAUAUGCCUCGCAGCGAUUAAGCUAGAUUCAAUUGCCAUCGUAAAUUAUAUGCUUGUAUUUGCAUUGUCGUAAUACACUGCAGACACAUGUUUUAAAAUUCGAAGAUUGAAGAUCGUCGUUAAAAAGAGUGUUUUUUUGUAAAACCCAUUCAUUCUUCUAAAACCCAGCUGCAAACUGCGGUUCGGUUUUCCUUAAAAUUGCAAAUUUCCAACGGAGAGUUUUCCAGUUUCCCAGCAUUGUAGCCAGAUCGUAAAAAUCCCAUUAUGAUUUUGAGAUCUCUAAGACCAGCUGGUUUUCUUUAAUGAUUUUUUGCGUCUUCGUUACCAUUUGCUAAAUACCUCUUUCGCCUAGUGACAUACAAGGCUGGCACAGCGCCUUCCAAGCAUCCGCUAUCUGCUGC